AUUUCUUCAGUAUAAGGCAAGACUCGGCGGUGUUAAAGUGAGUGACUUGAACGCAACGUGAGGCGCGAAAAUAUGAGAAAAUUCAAGUGAGCUUCAGCGAGUGAAAAGUGCCCAACUUUGUGAUUUUACUAUUGUGAAAAUGCUACAGCCGAGGCGGGGGCGCGUUUGCCUCCUGAUUUUCGCGGCGGUUUUACUCUCUUGUGAAGGCUUAGACAAUAUAAAUUCAUCGCCGAGAAAGAGAAGACACGACUCCAAUGAUGUCACCACAGUCUUGCUGGUGGACAAUCAUGGACGAUCUUCUUUCGGCCGCUACCUGAGCGUUAAACCGGAUUUAGGUCUAAUUACUUCCACAGCUCGUACUUUCAUACAAGAAGGUGUAACUACCGAGUACGCGACUCAAGUGCUCGGUACUACCCUUGACAAUGGACGACUGUACGCACAUUUGCUCACUAAGAGCUCUCGAGUCCUGUACGACGGCGACUCUUCCUCAAAAACCCCCGACAUUAACAAAAAAUGGACCUUUGAGCCAAACGUCCAAAAUAAAAAUUUUAUCCGAAACACCGACUUUAUUGCACCAAGUCAAGCCCAACCUGUCCUUGUUUUCCCAACAACAACCCCCUACCAAGAAAUCAAACAACAAAUCACCGACGAGGAGAUCCUAGAAGAGGAACCGUCAAACAACCCGAGAGUACCAUACGAAAAAGAAGCAGUACCCUCACAAAGUAACGUCAAAAUUUUCAAAAUCAACCCUCAAAUGAGAGACUUGACCAAUGAGAAUCUGAUCAAUCACAAGGAAGAACCCAAACCCAAACCAAGUUUCACGCCUUCAAAGGUACGACCUUGGGACAACCUCCCGACUUUCACCGUUCGGAACGAGUUCUCCCCAAGUGGUCUGUCAUAUUUGGGGGACUUCCCCGAAUUUGACUCAAACACAGAACGUACCAAGGCCACAACUGCCGCCGAUCGUAAAGCCAAGCUCUUAUUUAGGGCCGGUUUAGUAAAACCCGAACCCAAAGACUUCCAAACCAUUACAUAUAGUGGUUUUGCCGACUUUACCACCACAGUUGGCGACACUGUGAUCGUCUUCACUCCUCACACAACCACAACUUCGAAAAACCUAGCUGAAGUUACCAAAAUUUCAGUGGAACCAACCAUCCGACCUACGUUAACUCUCCAAUCUCCGGCAAUUGGUACCACUGUCAAAACCUUUCUAUCACAAGAACCAGAAAUGGAGACUCAGACCGUUGAAGGUCACAAACUAGACAUGAAGUCGAGUCUCCCGACCAUGGUGAUUGACAAAACCGAUCGUCAAAGACGACCAAAAGGUGACUCAAGUGACACACGUGAAGAUAUGGAGGCUAAGUCUGCGGUACUAGCCCAUGAGCAAAAUUUCGACGAUAGUGCGCGAGUUUUAAGUACUAGUAGUGGAAAGUCGACGAUUAUUUUUAGUCCUGAUGUGAUUGAACCCUCCGAGAGUCAAACUCCAAUGUUGUCAACACCUUCCGAUGAAGAUAUUAAGAAGAUUUUUGCGGCUCUUCAAGCCCAAGCUAAGUUAGCAACGCAACCUCUAAAUACACCUUCGACGAUCUUCCUGGAGGAAAGUAGUACCGUUGAAAAGGCACCAGCGACCGAAAUUUCAAGCGGAGCCACUACUAUCUUCUUCGAAGAUGAGUUACCAAUUGAAAAUACGGCCGUAAUUGACGAAACCACGACUAAAACUGUCGAAACUACGACGGAAUUAGAGAAAAUUACGACUGAGCAAGUACCAGAAACUACGACUAAAGAAAUCACGACUACGACAAAUCCACCGGAAACGACUGAACUUCGGGUCCAGGAAACAACACCCGAGGUUGUUUCGAAUGAAAUCGAUACUGAGAAAGUACCGGAUGAAACUGACGUUGUUUGUACCGAAGGGAACCGAAUAGUACCAACAACAGUCUACAAGACAUUGACAUACUUGACCACGUUCUUCAUCCCUCAGGAUGACGAUGGUACCUCAACUUCAAUCAAAUCAAAUGAAGUCAUUUCGACUGAGAUUGGGUUCCAAACUGAGGCUUGCACCUCAAUUGAGGCCACUCCGUCCAACAGUGCCUUAGUGGAACCCACAGUAGCCACAACAACCGAACAGGAAAAAACAACAACUCAGGAAGUACCAACAACUGAAGAAACAACCACAGAAGUGGGAACCACAACCCCAGCUCUUGAAACAACGCCACAGGAAAUCACCACAGAAAGACGACACGUGACUGAAUCGGAACCCGAAACCACAGAAAUGACCACCGAAAGUGGGGAAGAAAUCGAACUGAUUUUCAAAACUUUAUACACGACUUACACCUACUUAACGACGUAUUUCCAAGACACCACUUCGUCAAUCGCGAGUAAAAUUGUGGUGACCACAAAUGUGAUAACCUCGACUUUGGUACCAGGAAGCGAAGCUUCGGACUCAGCCGUGGCUGGGCUUUUCGAACGUGAGGAUAGUCUAGUUUCGGGGUACAAGUCCCGAACUGUGUCUUUUGACGACUUGGCGGAAAUCGCACCAACUAAGAUAGCACAAGACUUGUUACCAACUUUGGAAGCAACUCCGAUUUUGAGCGAUGCCAAGGUGCAGCAAAACGGGGUUAAGACCUACUACACCACUUAUACUUAUUUCACCACGAUUUUCGUCGAUGGUGAAACGGAAAUCUCAAGCCGGACUGAGGUUUACACCAAUUAUGUGACUCCAAGUAUUUCGGCAACCGUGGCCUUGGAGGAUAUAGUACCGACGAAAGUACCGUCACUUUUCGAGGAUAAAAAUCAAGUUGAAGCGCCCGAUAUCGACAAUGAGGAAAGUGAAAUCAAGAAGAAGGUGCUUAGUCUGAAUGUAGUGCCACAUAACACUUACAACAGUACGAUAAAUCGGCACAAGACGGUACUACCCGAUGACAAUAAAGAGGAGAAGCUUGACAACAACAUUUUGGCCACUAGUGUCAACAAGGACCAGAACUACGUGACUUUACAGAGAGGUACCACCACGGAAGAUGCCCCAGUUGAGAACAAUCUCCUCAAUUUGAACGACUAUGAGACCAUUUCGACAAUGGUGACCGACGUUCGAAGCAGUACUUCGGAAGGUGACCGCAGGAUUAUCGACAAUGUUGAUAAACGUAACGCUCUGGAUGACCAAAUUGUGUCAGAAUCAAACAACGACUCGGAAAUAAUCCCUUCUCCGACUUUGCUGCUUCAAACCAGCUACACCACUUUUACUUAUUUCACGACAAUGUACCACGGUACCACCUCGAGUGACGUUGUGAGUCGGUUAGACACUGUCACAAAUGUGGUUACUGAAACCUUAACACCGACUCACACCCUUAGUGUCGAGGAUUUAAGUCUCCCGAUUACGUACUUUACGACUUUCACCUACUGGACCACUUUGUACAAAGAUGGUACCACUAAAACGACAAGUCGGGAAGAAACUGUUUCUAACGUUGUAACACCGACUCCAACUCUAUCGAGUGUUUUGCCUACGAUUUUGCCUUCGAGCAAGGAAGUGGAGCCGAGUCAGACUGAAACUAUUCAGCCUUCAACCGUUGGUGAGGACGAUCUCACCACGUAUUUCACAACUUAUACGUACUACACAACUUCGUACGUUGGUGAUAGUACCGUGCUUAACAGUCGUCUUGAAACCGUGUCACGUGUAGUUAACAGUACUGCUGAUAUUGACUCGAAUCAAAUAGGACGUGCUGUCGGUACCGCCAGUCAAAACCUACUCGAUGAUGCCAAAACCAAAACUAUCAAUAGUACCGUCAAACCGACCGGCCUUUUGUCCACAAUUGUGAACACUGUUGAAAAUUCUGGCACUACCACGAUUCUUUCAACUGACGUUUUUGGUACUUACAUUGACGGGCUAUACGCUAAAGUACUCGAAAGUACCUCCUCUAUAAUCACACCAACGAUAGCCCCAAGUUCAGUCGAGACAAACCUCAAACCAACCGGAGUUGUGAGCAUCAACAAAGGCAAAAUUGUCGAUGCCGAAGGCAUCAGUACUUUGUACUACACAACUCAAGCUGUUGGUACCUACAUUGACAAUCUUUACGCCCAAGUGAUUGAAAGCACAAGCUCGUUGCAAGUCAAUGAGGAGCGCAAGUCAGCUCUAGCAACUGACGUUCCGAUCAGUCACAGAACCGGUUUAGUGCGACUGAUCGAAGGUUCGAUCAUUCAAAACGAAACCACAACACUAUACCAGAGCAAGGUACUAGGUACUGUGAUUGAUGGCCGCUAUGCACAAAUAAUCGAAAGUACUUCAAGUUUCCUGGUCGGGAAACCAAGUAUUUCCCCGAGUUCUGUCAGCGAAAUAGUACCAACACCAACUCAGGGACCUGACCAGGCAAUUGCCUCUACGAAAGUACCGAUUUCACCCUCACCGGUCGUUAUCGAAGGUUCAUUAACCGAUUCGACUAAAAUCGACGAGGAAACUUCAACUGAAGAAAACGACGAAAAUGGUGAUGAUGAUGGUACCAGUCGUACCAAGUCACGCCUGACUUUCCAGACGCGUAAACGCACCUUUACCCCGGUUAUUAGACCUUUUGCCUCAAGACCACGACCGACUUUUGCCCCGAAACGUAAAGGUGCAAGUCAGGGAGCAACUACGGUAACACGGAGUGAUGUUACACCUACUGUAACAGCUGUACUAGCCUCCAAACCGGCCAGAUUUGGUAACCGUCGAGCAUCGUCCAGUGCUAACGCUAUAGUGCCCACAGCGUCCGGUUCCAGGCGAUUUUCACGCCCGAAAUCGUCAAACUCUGGACUUUCCAGUUCGUCAUUCAGACGUAGCUCGAGUCGGAUUCAACCAACGGCGACCGGAUUUGGGGCUAGUUCCAGGAGGGGAGGGUUUAGGUCCUCACUUGGGGGUAGUUCCCAAAGGGCUAGUUCCCUCUAUGCUGGGAAUUCAAGGUUUAGGAUAAGACCAACGUUAGCGUCGUCUUUAAAUAAAGCACCAGCAACUGCUACUCCAUCUAGCGUUGACGAUGAAAAUGACUUGACAACAGUGGUUACCGAUAGUACCGGAGCAGUUGAAGACGCGAAUGAAACCACUUUACCACUGUCUACAACCACAGAAGGUAGUUCAAGACGAAGUCAGAACCCCUUACUCAAAUUCAGACGACCACCAUUAGCUAGACCAUCAACCCCACGACCUAAACCCAAAGCCAAGACAACCAAAGGCCCAACAACUACCACAUCCAAACCCAGAACCUUUAACCGCCCAAGUGGUUUGGCCAAUAGACCCAGAAACAACGCACUUUUCCCGCGACGUAACCUUUUCACCACUACCACCACACCACCACCUCCAAGUGAGGAAGACGAAGAAGAAGAACUGGACGAAGAAGCCGAAAACGAAGAUGAAGACACCGAUUACGAAGGCUCGCAAACUAACACACAAACAGAACCCGCCCCAACACCCGAAACACGCCGUGGGCGGUCUAACGUCAACAUCAAACCCUUCCUAGGUUUUAGACGAAGAACAAGACGAGAAGUCAAUUAUUCAAGGUUUAGGCGACCAAGUCCGAGAACUACACCCGCACCGGUCGAAGAACCCGAAACCGAGGCACCUAAACCUAGGACCAAACCUAGGUUUGCCCCCAGAAACAGGAACAAACCUAGUCAAGGAACGACACAAGCACCGCAAACGACCCGGAAACGAAUCUCCCCGACUAAGGCUUCAAGCCAAACAAGGUCCCAGUUUACUUUAAGGGAAAAGGACACGUCAAGGUCAAAUUUUAGACGCCCUUCGGGUACUAGAAGGACUACAGUAUCCUCACGACCCAAAUCACCCCGACUGAGAACAACACAACCCACAGAAUCGUCCAGGAAAUCAUCGAGGAAUAAUUCAAGGAGGCGGACUCCAAGUCGGCAAAGGACGUCCCAAGAACAAUUUGAUGAUAACUAUGUGGUACCACAAUUCGAUGGUACUAUUACAGUAACGCACCAAAUACCAACCGAAGUUACAAUCCCGGUGGUCAAUGGCAAAAUCACCGAAUACAAAAACGUGAUAACAGCCAAACAUAGCACCGAAGUACUUGCACCAAAACAGUACUCAACUUCGGUAAAUGCUUUCGGAAAGGAUGUUACAAUACUAUUGAGUGAAGCAACAUCAAUUGGUGAUAACGGAGCUACUCUUAUCACACAAUUCGUCCUGAACGAAACCCCAACUACUAGUGUUAUCUUCACCCCGACCUAUAUCAGAGGACGGAAGACCUCCUUCUCCCAUGUGAUCCCUAGUACGGCUUACGGGGUCGAACAAGUCGUCAAUACUAUACAACCAGCCCUAGCAGCCCAAGCCCCACUUGCCAACAUCCUACUAUCGCAACUAUUGCUAGGCCAAAACCCCUUGUACCCCAUUCAAAAUCCUGCAGUUGCAGCAACACCAACCACUGAAUUUAAAACCCGAGCUACAACCUAUGUUACCACAGUCACAAGUGUAACGUCUACAGUUUUACCAUUGACGUUCCGUGGCAAAGAAAUCUUAACCACGAUUGUCGAUAGUAGCGUUACUGUAGUUACAGCAACUGAAUUACUGACGGAUACUAUCGUCGUAACGCCGACUUUAGGGUUCCCAGCAGCUGCCCCACAAUUGAAUACUUUGUUGUUACCGUUGUUACAACAACAAUUAGCUCAGACUUCACCGUUACAACAGGCGCAACCACCGGCAGGUGUUGUAAAUUUGAAUGCACCACAAGCUCAAGCUUUGUACAAGGAGAAGGACAGUUUAGAGUCCGAGGAGAAGUCAGAAGAGGUCGAGCAAACAAUUUCUGAGGAAGUUACCCAAGCUACUCCAAAGAGGAAGAAUUCAAGGAAGAAGAGUAAAAAACCGACUCCUGCUCCCACCGAACCGCCCAAAGAAACUAGUGUGAUUACACUGUACGUUUCUGGGCGAAUUCCUGGUGAAUUUAGCACAGUCUUGUCAACUGUAACAGUUGGUGAGAAUGAAAGACGCAAGCGAGAUGUUAGUGAGCCUGUGAAGCCGUCCAAAGGACUCGACGAUUUGGUUAUAAGCACCUUGGAUUAUUACGACACUUAUGUAACUCCAGCCACCAAAGAAUUUAAUCUUGAAGCUACCGAAACCGUAGCCACUGAAAGUCUUGAAAGUAUCAUUGGUGAUGUCAGCAGACACGUCAAGACGCAACCUACCGGUAUUUUUGCCACUCAACCCACCAAGUCAACCAAGAAAUACAAAAUAAAGUACGUUAAAGCAUCGGGAGAAGCUAAAAAGUCUUCCGGUAAUUUUUUAGCGUCAGACCUUGAUGAGAAAGCCCCUCUCAUGCCAAAGGUCGAAACGUCACAAAUCAGGGGCGACAACAAAAACCAAAAUUAUCAUUACGUUUCGAAACAAAUUGGCCAUGAAAUUAGAUUUAGACGAGAUGUUGAGCAAGUUCCUAAACCACGAAGACGAGUUGUUAAGAAAUUGAUCCGAGUGUUGCCACACCAAGAGGUGACAACGAGGAGACCAAGACGACGACUAGUUGUCAAAAAGAAGAAACGAAGGUUACGGCCGGUGCUUGACGAACGCAUUCCUGAAGCGACGAAACGUCGGCGGAAAGUUGUAGUUACGAGAAAAAGGCUUCUGACCAAAACUGAUUUGGCGGUGAGUCCUAGUCAAGGACUUGAAGCCACAACGAGUGAGGAGUUGCCGAAUAGUAUCUCGACGGAGAGUGAGGAAGAGGUCGAGUUUGAAGAAACCAGUGAGGAGAACAAGAUUGAAGAAAGUGAGGAGAAGUCGCUGCAGCAUGUUCCCGACUAUGAACCCUUUUUCCCUGAACUAUCCGAAAGUCUGGACGCUCCUGUCCUCCUCCUCAAAACCACAGUUCUCUCCUCUGUUGAACUUUUGACAAAGACUGUCGUACAGAGCCGUCUCCGUACUUACACAUUUAUCGUGACUCGAGUAAAUGGUGACGAACACAUCGUAACUUCUACUACAGAAGUACGACCCCAGACCAAGACUAGUACUUUGACGGAACCUUUGACGAAAUUCACAACUCUAACGUUACUGGACUUCGACGCUACUUCUACUCUCAACCCAAUACCAAUGACUCCAUUUCCGGCAUCCCCUCGACUAAAAACCGGAGAGGUUCAAGGAAGGGCCCUUGAAGAGGCCCGCUAUAACCUUGCAACUCGAGUCAUGUCUAAUGGCGUCGAAGUAAUUGUAGCAGGCGAUAAAAGUACUCUACCGGGCGAACCAGACGUCAAGAGGGUACUACCGAGCACGAUCUACAAACCCAUAACUCUAAAACCCAGCACUUUGAGCGACCACAUGAUGAUGAUGUUGCCACAAGAUGCCUCUAAUAUCAACAGUCUAUACCCCAACCAAUUCGUGACCAAAACUUGUCUCACGACUUUCACUUAUUUGACCACGUACCUCGAAAGUGGUACCACCACGGUUUCUAGUCAUGAACAAGUCGUUUCAAAUAUCGCAACAGAGGAGCGAAACACGGGAAAAAUUUUACCGACACCGGCCAUGGGGAUUACUUUAACACAGUACCCUAAUCUUUCGGUUGGUGUCUUCCAUACAACUUAUACUUAUCUAAAUACGAUAAUAGACGGCGAACAACCACUCGUGGUAACGUCCAAACACACGGUAACUAACACAGUUACAGCCCCCGAUGAUUACUUAUCGUUGUUACAACCGUCGGAAAAAGUUUCGGCUCUUAAAGACACCAAUACGUACUAUAGUACCGUAGCUUUGACAAAAACACUAUACGAAGGCGAGAAAACGCAAAUUGUGAGUACCAAUGAGGUGGUGACACAAGUUGUGAUAACUGAGUCGGUACCACCCAAAGCCACCUCUGUCAUGACGUCGUAUAUAGCCCUAGAUAUCGAAGACCCUAACCCUGUUUCCGUCAAUUAUACGACCACUGAUGUCGUCAAAACCUACUUUGUCACUUACACUUAUUACAACACUCAAACCGAAAACGGCAAAAAAAUUAUCAAGACUAAUGUAUCGACCUCGAGUGAUGUGGUGACCGAAAAAUUGUUUUUGCACCCGAAACGAACAAGUACCACCAAAGACGACAAAAAGAAACACAAAAUUGAUUAUUCGGGUGAGAAUUUCCACAUCGUGGCGACGAAAACCUACCACACGACUUUUACCUACUUUACAACUUUGCUCCAAGAAGGAAAUACAGCAAGUCCUACAGUUAUUAGUUCGCACUCCAAAGUGGUCGAAAAUGUGGUUACGGAAACCAUCGAUCCGAACCGUUUUGACAAAAAGUACCUGUCGGCUAUUAAAAACCAAAUUCGUGACGGUAGUGACACUUUUACCAAAUCAGCGACUCUAAACGAUGGGCAAAAACUCGAAAUUACGGUAAUUGCCGAUCAAAUAACACCGACUAAAGUACUACCAAUCCAAAAGACCAAAAUGCCUGAUAAAGACAGUAGUAAAAAGGUUGAAAUUGAGUCGUCAACGCCUAGUGUGAUCGUUGGCUCCACUAUUAUUUUCCUUGAUGAUGAACCGACAAAAACCGAAACGCCGUCCCUCUCAAGUUCAAAGGUUUUGAAAAAAACUAAAACGGUGACUUCGACUAGUAAACUGCGACGUGCUACUAAAACCAAAGCUAAGACUCCGACAACACAGCCGACAAAAGCGGUGGACCCUAAACCGGCCACGAAAGUGGUCAAAACACCUAACCAGGUUUCCGAUUUGCUAGGUUUGGGGUCAAUUAAUAUAAAUAGUUUGCAAGCCUUGACUCCGGUACUUAAUGCAAUGGCCGGUUUGAUUCAAACUAAUUUGAAGUCAAAUCGGCGAAACGAUUCAAUUGUUGUGUCUACGACGCCAAAACCAAAACCUAAACCUAAACCCGAGACUGAGGAAAAUUUGCAAAACCGGUCACCGAUUUACAUUCCAGUUGGUGGUUUAAGUGACGAGUUUGAAGUUGCCGAAAGCCAGAACAUUGCCACGUUCCAUUUGCAAGACACGGAAUGGAACGGUCAUAAAGACUUUAAACCGACCCAUGAGAGUCCCUUGCUCAAUGGUGGGAUUCCCAUAUCGCCAGGUGAUGUAAUUACGGCAAAUUCGGACGUGAUUGUGGGUAAACCGGGACGGAUUGGUCCCAGAGUACCCACAAUUCCGCUAAACCAAGUCAAGGAUGAUGGUUAUGGGAUGAAACCACCACCAGUGGCCCAGAACAAGUGGCCUAAACGCAACGAGUACAAACCUGUACCAACCACUGAGAAUAAACCCGUGAUACAUGCACCCAGUAAGGAUGACUAUGUUGGGCCCCCACCUCCCAUUAGGGAGAAGCACAAGCAUAUACCACUGAGCCGACCACCAGAUCAGGUUUACGCCCACAGUCAGAAUAACUACGGGGUUAGUUAUGGCGUCAAUGAGGUGACUCAUGAAAUCAAAAUCCCGAAUAUUCAGGAAGAAAUCCAGAAGCAAGUUGCCAAAGAAACCUUCCCGAUUUAUGCCGAAGGUCACAAUAACCCGAUCAAAAACUACAACCUUGAACCAUCAAUUGUUCUCCCUGAAAUCGUGGAACGGUCAACAGGACAACCCCUUCUGGUCAACAUCCAGCCAAGUCAAGUGGCCUUUGUCAACAUCCCACAUAACAGAACCACUGCUUUGAUUUACGGUGGUUCCACAGAACCACACCGGAACGGGCAGUACUUUGAUGACCCAUCACCGUACCCCCAACCCGAAUUUUCCGGUAUUGAAUACAAUAAUGGUGUUCCACAAAUCGCGUCAGUGUACCAUGGUAGUACCACUAACCAGAAAGAAGUGGUUGGGGUUAUCAAAGUCGCCCCACAACCCAUUGACAAGGACCAGAUCCAGCUCGAUAUAAGCCCAUCGAGGCCAAAUCUGGUUGCGUUCCCCCAAAACCAGGAAAUUAAUAUAAAUGUACCACCAAUUUCCUUCGGGAUGAUCCACCAAGAUAACGAGUUCAAUGCACAUAUUAUCAACCAUGGGGACACACAAUUUAGACCACCACCAAUUGCCUACGAAGUGGUUAAAAGUGACCAGAACCGUUUUGAAGGCCUUGAAGUUGCAGGUAUUGGAAGUGUGGGUCAACCAGAACCGGCGUUCUUUGACGGUCAUAAAAAUAACCGGUUUAUGGAAGAUGGUAGACAACCACCACCAGUCUCGUUUGAUGUUUUAGUGAACAAUGAUAAUAAGUUUGCCGAAAACGUGGCAAUUCCGCAAAAACCAUCCAAGAUUUUUGAAAAGGAGGUGUCAAGGCCUUUACAACCAUUUUCAGACGUGAAAAAACCACAACCGAAUGACGAAAUCAUUGAUUUGAAACCACCGAGUGAAGUUUCGGUGAAACCACCCGAAGGUCACUCAAAGUUCAAACCACCAAUGGUUGGUAAACCAUUUACCAAACCACAGACCCCACCAAAACGUCAUUUCGGGCGUCCGAAACCUAGUUUAGAAAUUUCCGAGUUUAUGACCCCACCACCAAUUGGUUCAAGCCACCAUCCGGGAAAACCGUUCCGGGUACGACCACAAAAACCACUUCCCAUACCAUUAACACCAGAAAAUGACCGUUCUAAAGUUCCAAGUGAUUAUGACGAUGAUGAGGACUUGACAAAUGAGGAUGGUGAAGUGAUACAAGAGUCCAACAGUAGGCCACUUAGGCCAGGCCAAGUACCGUUUGAAAUUCUCAAGGUUAAAGCAACCACGACCCCAAAACCCGUAAGGAAUGAAACGGUUGGUAAACCAGUAAUUAACUUCCCGCGACCAUUUGGCGAAAUCCCAUUGGUGCGACCCGAAAACCAACAAACCAACCAAAUCAACCAUUUCGAGCCAGACAACUAUGACUAUAACCCAACCAGGCCUGAUUCUGGUUUUAUAACAUAUAUUGGAAGUAUCACACCGCGACCGAUUCACCUUGAUAUUAAACCAACCACCGAAAACCAUCGCCGUCAAACCACGCCAAGAAGACGACCCACAGUUACAACCGCACGGCCAAAAACCACCAGAAAACCGGAAGUUUUCACCAAACGGCCCCACUACCACAACACGAGUCAUUUCAACAGUUUUGGUCUAAAAACACGACAACCAAUUCCUGUUUUCACAACCACUUCCAAACCAUUCAUCCACGAACGACCCAAAGUCACCUCACUACCAAUUGAUCGUCCAACCUUAACCCCCGAAAUUAUCAAACCAAUACGAACCCAAACCGAAAAACCGUUCAAAACCCCAAAACCAUUAUCAAUCACAGACUUGCUCAAACGCGAAAAAGUUACAACCGUGUCCACAACAACCACAAAAAUUGUCACACCGGAACUCAACACUGGGGAGGUACCACUAAUUGACGAGAGCGAAAUGGAGAUAAUGAAACCACCACCACCGGUACCCGACAUCAACAUGCAACCACCCAAAAUUGAGGUCAAUUCACCCGGUGGUAACAUACAAAGGGUACCAAGUUUGGAACAUAGCCCAGAUUUGGAAGUACAUGCUAGUACGGCGGUACCUUACGUACCCAAACCAGCGGAAGACAUAGUACCACCACCCCCAGUUAGUGUGUCAGAGGAAGUGGUCGGGAUGAGCCCACCACCACUUGUAUCAACCCAUAAACCCAUCAUGGUAACCGAGGGUACCACCAGAGCUACAACGCAAAGUACCAGAAGGACGGUCACGCGACGACCAACAGUUAAAGUAACAACAAGGCGGCCCCCAAGACCGUUUUACGAAGUUUACGGACGCAAUAGAACUACUACUACUACUACUAGACCAAUAUUUGACGAAUCAACUACUUCUAGUACUACCGUAGUAGCUAGUGCGCCAACAAUGGAAGUGAUUAUAGGAAAUCCAUCACUAACGUCGUCUCAAAUUGAUUCUCGUGAAAGUGUGACUACGAAAACGUCCGAAUUGUCGUCCACACCAACUAGAAUUAGCACGACUAGAGCUAGUUCUAGUAGUACUAGGAUACCAAUUGAAAGUACUACCAGAGAAGACAUUAUUCCGACUGGAGUACACCAUGCCGGUAACGAAGUUCGAAUCAUUGAUGAUACAACUAGUAGUACUACUAGUACAAAGCCGGUACUAGCAACCAAAUCUAGUAAAACGGUGAUUCCCACACGUUACAUAACACAUACGAAGACCUCAACUGUUACUAUAACCAAGACUACGAUUGUUAAAACAUUAGGAGGUCCUCCCUCAACAUCGACAAUCUUGGUCACAAAGACCGAGAAAAGUACUCUUGUAGAUACUGUUACCGAAUUCCAUACUCUAGUUAAACCGACCAGUAUCAUAGAAACUGUUACUACAACUGUUAGUACUGGUAGUUCCUUAUACCCGUCUGAUGUUUACGGUAGUACCUACCCAUCAAUUAAACUACGCCCAAGUCCUAGUACUACUAGUAGCACCAUCGUUAUACCGACAAUAACAGUCGAAAAUGACAGUAGUGAGGACUUGGACGACUUUAUAAUCAAUGAAACCGAUCCUCCCCUCGUCCAGGAAGACUCAAGCAGUGAAAACGAGUCAAUUUUCGUGGUCAUGACGGACAAGAACAAAGGAAGCGUAAUAAAAGUACCAAACAACAGCUACGAAACGCAAGAUCGCGACGAAAUGAUCAACAGUAACGAAGCCAAUAAUGUUCUACUGGGCGGAAUUUUCAUAGCAAGUCCGCCAAGUUUGGAAGUACCACGGGUACCACCAAGUGACAAGUGCGAGCCCGAAUGUAAAGCGUCCCGAAACGAGCUGUGCCAAAAGGUUGAAGGCAUAAUGAGGUGUGUUUGCCGGCCGGGCUUCGCCCGAAUGUUCCCAGACCGGCCAUGUAUCCCCACAUACACCUACAACCUCAAGGUUGAUUUGGAACGCCACGGUCGCGACAAUUUGAAAUUCACCCAUGAUUUGAACCACCCCAACUCGACCGCUUUCACCAAACUCACUGCAAUGACCCAUGAGGCCCUCGACCGCAUGGUCAUGCAGUCAGAUCUGAGGGAUAUCUACCAUGGGGUUCACGUACAUGCGUACGAACCCACGAAACAGGGAGUCACCACUAGGUUUUAUCUGCAACUUUCGGACAACACCGACGAGAAGCGACUCGAAGACGUGUUUAAGAAGUACUUGAGAAAUAACAACUAUAGUCUAGGUGGUACCGACAUUUUCGCCUCGAGGGAAAGUCUAGAUGGGUUAAGGGCACUCGAUUUUGACGAGUGCACCAAUGCGAGGUUCCACGAUUGUUCCGAAAACGCGCAAUGCUUCAAUUUGAAAGGUACCUACACGUGUAGCUGUAAGGAGGGCUUCACCGACUUGUCCGAAAAUAUACUGUACCCUGGACGGAUUUGCUCGGCUGAGCUGAUUGGGUGCGAAAGGUGCAACUACCAUGGAACUUGCUACUCGCGAGGGGACGACCAAAUGUUCUGCGAGUGCUUCCAUUGGUACACCGGGGAGAGUUGCCACAUUAAUUUGAAAGUACUUUUGAUCGCAUUAGUGACUCUUGGCUCAAUCCUCAUUGCCUUGUUAAUAAUCUGUCUCGUGAUGACCUGUUGUCGCAAAAAACCGCGAAAGACCCGAAUGGCAACUGGGAUGAGUUUUCUGCCACAAAGAGUAGCAAACAGGGGUACCAUCGACCGCCGCGCUAUGAUUCAAGACACCAGUUCGGAAGACAGUCGUUCCGAAACAAAUCUACCAUACGUUGCCAAAAAGAAGAAACUCAAAGGCGCCCUCAAAAAACCCUCAACUGACGUGGAACACGGUGAAUUAUUCCCAGACCAGAAAGACCGAUCACUUACAGUUAUGAUCCCCCGAGCUAAGUACCACCCAGCACCUCCCACAUCCCCGUUAAGUAACUACACAACUUUCGACGCCCGAAAACCAUCAGUACCGUCAACAAGCAACGAAGCCAAACUUUUGUCAUACUUAGACGCCGGCCCUUCGCCUAAUAAACCCGACAAACGCAAAUACAGCGUCCAGAGCGACUUUGACGACAAACCCAACUCGCGGAAAACAUCAGGAGCGUUGGUUUCGGCCGGUUUUGAGGUUUCGGCCACGGUUUUGGGCAAUAAUAUGGGUACUUUGGGUACGACCUGUGGUACGGAGGCCGAUCGGAGCGAAAACGCGACGCUGAUUCAGAAAAUUAGUGCCGAUUUGUUGUCCAGUACCGGCACAAGGUCGCAAUUUAAUACGCUGAGAGGCGAUGAGAUUGAUCCGAUGACUAAUUGGUUGGAUAUAACGCCGCGAAUUAAGAAAAAUUUUAGUACCGUGUCGGAGGCGCGGUCGUACGAUGAGACCACAAUCCCGCCCCCUAUGAAGUCGUUCAGGGGUGACUAUGAUACGAAAUCCAAGUCGUCAUCGCAGCACCAAAAUGAUGAGGCAAACACAAUGGCUGAGCGAGAUUUGGGUUCGACCUUUUUGCUUCCCCACACGCACUUGUAUAAGCCUGAUAGGGGGAGUGAUAUCUCGGGUUUCGAGUCACUUUAGCCGACUCUCGAAUUUCGUCAAGCUCUAAUGUGCCUUAUGUUCGUGUGACUGUGUUAUUAUUUAUGUGAGAUUCAAAAUCGGCCAUAUUUCUUUGUGUAUAUAAGGAAAAAACAACCGAAAUUUUUGGUUUAGGACGAGUACGUGUGAGUGAAUGUAUAUAAAUGUAUGUUAGGUUACUAUUUAUAUUAAUAUAUUCUGGUCGGGCAAUAAGCAGAGUGCCAAAAAAGACUUUUGUGUAAAUUUAUUUGUUACGAAUAUUAUAACAGUGUACAAUGUAAACGUACUUAUUACUAAUAAGUUUUAUAAUUAUUGUAUUUUUUUUAAAUAAAUUUUAUUUAAUUUA